AUGGCUUCCACCUCGGCAUCUCAGAUCGUCCAAUUUACGCCAUUCUCUUCCGCCAUCUCUCCUUCAUUCUGGACGACGUUGGCAGCGCUCAAGAUUGACCGGCUGCAGCUGUCCGAUGAGGCCGUUGAGGUACAGGGGCACUACGGCGUUGGCAAACGAGUCAAGGACCGCUCCACCGGCGAAGACAUCGCUCUGGCAAGUGGCAUCAGCUGUGAUGGAGAGAGCAUAAGUUUGGUCGAUGGCUCUUCGGAUCGGAGACCAAUCCCGCCCAAUGGGUUUCUUGCGAAAGGUACACUCAAGAACUUCAAUACGAUUGAGGAUUUCAAGAAAGCCGACAAGACGGCUAUCUUCAACGACCUGGGCUCCUCGAUGCUUCAAGCCUUUUUGACGUCCGAAGACCCCGUAGAGGAGCUCACCAGGUUCAUGGUGCUAUGCUUCUCCGAUCUGAAAAAGUACAAGUUCGUCCAUUGGUUUGCCUUUCCUAGUCUCGUGGCCCGACCCAAUUGGCAAUUCGUCACGGAGCAAGGCGGUCAGGGGCAACAACCUAGCUGUAGACGAGCAUUGGAUGUGCUUGGAGCCGAGCAGCUCGCUUCAUUUGCACAAAAAGUCCACGAAAGAAGAGUGACGCUUGGCGGGACCCCCAAUGCCGGCUUCUUCCUCGCAAGGACAUCGAAGGGCCAAGCGUCGUUGGGUAGUAUUAUGGACUUUGAAAGCUUCUUUGCGAACGCAGCCAGCGACGAGGAACGGGUGGUCGGCUUCAUUGAUCCAUCACCUCACCCGACAACGCCCGGAUGGCCCCUUCGGAAUCUCUUGACGCUCUUGGCCAUUCGAUUCAGAGUCAAGAGGAUACGUGUUCUCUGUUGGAAGGACGACGUGGCAAGUUUUGAUGUGCAUACGAGUCGGAGCGUCGUUGCGGACGUCUUUAUGGAAGAGACGGAACGUGAUGACAAGCAGCUCGUCUUUCAAGGCAAUAAUUUGCCCCUCUCUGCACAGACAGAAGAUCAAAGCAAACCGUCCGUUGUUGGGUGGGAACGCAACGCAGCCGGCAAGCUGGGUCCGAAGAUGGCCGACCUGGGCCCGCUCAUGGAUCCCACAAAGCUCGCAGAUCAAGCAGUCGACCUCAACUUGAAGCUUAUGCGGUGGCGCAUCCUCCCCGAGAUCAAUCUCGAGAAGAUUCAGACUACCAGAUGCCUCUUGCUGGGCGCCGGCACCCUUGGAUGCUACGUGGCUCGCACGCUCUUGGGCUGGGGCGUGCGCAGUAUCACGUUGGUCGACAAUUCGACAGUUUCCUUCUCCAAUCCCGUCCGACAGCCUCUAUUUGAUUACGAAGACUGCCUCGAGGGAGGCAAGCCAAAGGCGAAGUGUGCAGCUGACAAGCUCAGAAAGAUCUACCCUGGUGUGAAUUCCACUGGGAUCCAAAUGUCCAUCCCUAUGCCUGGGCACCCAAUUCCUGAAGCCAGUGUCGAGCAGACAAAGAAGGAGAUCGCGGCAUUGGAAGACUUGUUCGAUCAGCACGACGUCGUCUAUCUUCUGAUGGACUCGCGAGAGUCCCGAUGGCUGCCGACCUUACUCGGUGCAGCAAAGGGCAAGCUCAUUUUGAAUGCUGCGCUCGGCUUCGACACCUUUCUCGUCAUGCGACAUGGCGUGCCCGCACAAGAGGGCAAAUCACCGAGGCUUGGCUGCUAUUUCUGCAACGACGUCGUAGCACCUGCCGACUCACUCACCGAUCGAACCCUCGACCAAAUGUGCACCGUGACGAGACCUGGUCUGGCCAGUCUUGCUGGCGCUUCGGCAGUGGAAUUGAUGGUGUCACUUCUUCAGCACAAGGAUGGCGCCUGGGCCCCACCCUCGUCUUCCCCCUCCGCCACAAGUAGCUCCAAUGCAUCCCCCGCCUCAUCUUCGUGCCUCGGUCUUGUCCCGCAUCAGAUUCGCGGCUUUCUCGCAAACUUCAACAAUAUGCUUAUCACGGGACCGGCCUUUGACAAGUGCACGGCCUGCUCCGAGGCCGUCGUCGAGGCUUACCGGACCGAUGGCUUCGAUGGCUUUUUGAAGAAGGCAUUCGACGAUGUCGAUUCGACGUUUCUGGAGGGCGUGACGGGUUUAGACGAGAUGAAAAGAGCAACAGAAGAGGCAAUGCAGAGUGGAGACGUGGAUUGGAGCGAUGACGACGGCGAAGGAUUCGGCGAGGACGAGGGCGAGGGAGAGCUGCUGUGA